AGACAGUUGGCAAGUAGCGUUUAGUGAUGGCUGAUAUAUACAUAGAAGCGGGUGUCAACAAGGAUUUGCUUGCUGUAACUCUAGAAAGUUUGAUUACAAUUCACGUUUAUAAACUCUGCAAUAGUAAAGAGAUUACCCUGAACGUUGUUCUCUCUGAAAAGCUCAACUGUGAUCAUAAAUGUUUGUUUCAAAUCAAUUUAAAUGAAGUUCAGUUCAAGAAAUGUGAGGAACAACCGGCGAUCGCCCGCUUUUGUAAAUGGCCUGCAGUUGUGGCAGGUACGAGUGUUACUGCUGGGUUAUCAUCCGUGUGUCGCUUAAUUAUUAAACUGAGUCGCAAUCAAAAGGCUCUACCAUUACUCGGUUUUCGGGAGGCAUGCCUAAUGGCUUGCAACGAAGUCUCCAUUUGGACAAAGUUCUGUGAAGUUGAUAUGAUCAACACAAUUAAAGAUUAUUUAACUUCCCCCGAGAAUUACAUAAAGAAUGAUUCAUUUUAUGUGCCGAUUGAUGUUUCUCGCUUUGAAAACCACAUGUCUGAGCCAGUAAAAAUUCACAACGUAUAUAAAAUGGCCAGAUUGAAGAAUAACAACAAACUUUUAAGUAGCACAGUACCCGUAGAUCAGUUGAAUAUCUCUCACAAAUUUGCAGAAGGUCCUCACAUUACACUAUCAGAUGUGCUGUUAUUCCCUUGCUUCAAAAUUUUCUUCAAAACUCUUGGUAACUCUUUCGAAUCGCUACCCUUAACUUCAGCGUGGUAUCAAAGUGUAGCGGACGAACUGAAGGAGUUUCAAAUAGACUUUAGUUACCCUACAUUUAAAACUUCGUUACUUGACAUGAAUAUAGUACAAUUUCCCAUUGUAAAGAAAAGCUUGUACAUCUCUGAUCCCAAAAGAUACAACCCCCAAAGUCGUAUGUUCACCAAACAGUAUAAUAUUGAAAAAGUGUUGCACGAAAAUAAAGAAUUAUGUGAUGCAAUUACAAGUCGUGAAACUCCAUUUGGUGUCGACAUACCCUUUUCUUGGGAUGACCUCCCGUUAGAUGCAAGUCCAGAAAGUGGCGCCCUACCUGAAUCUAGAGCGGUGCGAAAGUGCCAGCAGCUGGAAAACUUGGCAAAGGCCACUGUGAAGGUAACUUCACUAAAAAAAAUUGAGACAAUUGUCGAUUUUUGUAGUGGUAGUGGACAUUUGGGUAUAUUAGUAGCUACUCUUCUUCCAAAUUGCCAUGUCAUAUUAGUUGAAAAUAAAGAAAGGUCCCUGAAGCGAGCACAGGAACGAAUCUCAAAGAUGAACUUGAGUAAUGUCAGUGUGGUGCAAAGUAAUUUAGAUUAUUUCAAUGCACGGUUUGAUUUGGGCUUGGCCUUACAUGCUUGUGGAGUUGCCACAGAUCUUGUAAUACAAGCGUGCAUCAGAAAUAAAGCGGACUUUGUUUGUUGUCCCUGUUGUUACGGUGGAAUUCAUAAUUGUCAUCAUUUAUCCUAUCCGAGAAGUGAAAGGUUUCGCAGCUCUUUAGAGUAUAAGGAUUAUUUAAUUAUUAGUCAUUCAGCGGAUCAGACUCACGAAGAGGAAAAUGUGAAAACUGCUCAAGGAUAUUUAUGCAUGAAUUUAAUUGAUACCGAUCGAAGUUUAUAUGCAAAUGAGUGUGGUUACAAAAUGCAUUUAAGCAAACUUUUUCCGUCUUCUUGUACACCAAAAAAUAACCUUUUAGUGGGAUUGUAUAAUUUGUAAUUUGGUAAUUUUUUUAUGUAAUUUUAAUUGUUACUUAAUAAAGUGACAUUUUCCAAUGA